AUGACAGGACAUUGGAGCUAUGACGAUCAUGAAGAAGGAGGCCCAGCUUUCUGGCCAACUGGUUACCAUCAAUCACCUAUUGACAUCAAUUCCUCCCACAUUGAACAAUUUGAGACAUAUAACAGCAUCAAAUACAUCAACUAUGAUCGACCAAUUCAUGGUGAUAUAGUCAACAAUGGACAUUCGAUUCAAGUAAUCCCUGACCGUCGUAAAGAAGCACCAGAGAUUUAUGGAGGUGGCUUGGACCAAGUCUAUCGUCUUAUUCAGUAUCAUUUCCAUUGGGGAUCGCACGAAUGCGAAGGAUCGGAACAUACUAUCAGCGGAGCGUCUUAUCCUGCGGAGCUGCACCUUGUUCAUCAAGGAACUGAGGAUCCGAGCAAACUAGCAGUUCUUGGAGUAUUCCUUCAAUUGGGAGACGAUGGUAGAGCCCUCGAACAAGAGGAAGAAGUCAUACACAACCUUCAAAAGCCAAGAUCCUUCAAAAAGAUUGACAACAUCGUUUUGAGCAAGAAACUUCCACAAAACAAACGGUCCUUUUUCCGUUAUGAAGGUUCUUUAACUACUCCACCUUGCUCGGAGUGUGUGACCUGGACAAUCUUCCAAGAGCCGGUCAGCAUUACUCAUGAACAGCUUGAACUAUUCCGUCAAAUCCGAGAUGCUCAUCAGAGACCUUUGGUUAAAAACUUCAGACCAACUCAGGAAAUAAACGACAGAACGAUUUAUCACAUCAUGACCGAUUAG